UCAACCUAUCCCGAUCACUUCCUUGCUCAUUCUCGUGUCGGCUCAUUGUUUUCUAUAGUUUAUGCCGGACUCGCCGUUUAACUGUGGAGCUAUGCUUCUAAAAAGUGUGUGUGUUUUUGUGUUACUCAAUGCUGCUUUGACCGUCUCCUCUGCAGCGGGCGAGUUGACAAGAGCUACAGUGUACUGGGACGCCCAACAAAAGACCGUCCUGCUGAAGGACGGAGUCCUGGAUUUAAAUGGGGACGCAUAUGGCUUCCUGAAUGACACCUUGUCCAGUACAGGCUGGAGUGUCCUCGAGAUCCGAGCUGGAUACGGAGAAACAUCAGAGACUGAUGAGGUCACCUUUUUCUUGGCGGGCUUCCUCGAAGGCUUUCUCACUGCACAACAGAUGAUAGAUCACUACACCAACAUGUACCCUCAGCUCAUCCAUGACCCCGACAUCCUGGGUCUGGUUCAGAGCUUCAUGAAGCAGCAGGACUCUUGGACCAGAGUGCAAGUGAACAGGAACAACAGUUCUGAUCCUCUGUGGAGACAUGCAGGUUUCAUUGUUGCCCAGAUGGACGGCCUGCAAACUGGAGUUGCAGAAUGGGCCAAGAGACGAGGGAAAAAGCCACUGUCCCUAUUUGCCAUUCAAUUCCUGAAUGCAGUCGGAGACCUGUUGGAUCUGAUUCCGGCCUUGGUCUCCACCUCCCCUCCACUCAAACACUUCAGACGUCCAGGGAUGGGACACUGCUCGGCUCUCAUAAAGAUGCUCCCAGGUUUUGAGAACCUCCUCUUUGCCCACUCCAGUUGGUACACAUACGCAGCCACCAUGCGGAUCUACAAACAUUGGGAUUUCCACAUUGCCGACCCCGACACAGCCACUGGGAAACUCUCUUUCAGCAGCUACCCUGGUUUCCUGGUGUCCCUGGAUGACUUCUACCUCUUAGGGAGUGGUCUCAUGAUGACCCAGACCACCAACAAUGUCUUCAACUCCUCCCUCUUUGACAAGAUCUCCCCCAAAAGCCUGCUAGCCUGGCAGAGGGUUCGAGUGGCUCACGGUUUGGCUCAUACAGGAGAGGAGUGGGCUAAAAUUUUCUCUCAGUACAACUCUGGUACAUACAACAACCAGUACAUGGUGUUGGACAGAAGCAAAGUGAAGCUAGGCCACAGUAUUUCUGAUGGUGCGCUGACUGUGGUGGAGCAGAUCCCCGGCCUGGUGGAGCACUCAGACCAGACACAAGUACUGCGCCGAGGCUACUGGCCGUCCUACAACGUUCCCUUCCACCAGAACAUUUACAAGUUGAGUGGGUAUGAGCUGAUGUGGCAAGAAUAUGGAGAGGAUUUCUCCUAUGAUCUCUGCCCCAGAGCCAAGAUCUUCCGCCGUGACCAAGCUGAUGUCAAGGACCUGGACUCUUUAAAACACAUCAUGAGGUUCAAUGACUACAAAAAGGAUCCAUACUCUAAAGGUGACCCCUGCAAGUCCAUCUGUUGUCGUAACGACCUGAAGACAAAAGAACCUUCACCGGGCGGUUGCUAUGACACUAAGGUCACCGAUUUCCAAAUGGCGGGGGAGUUCCGCGUGGAAGCGGUGAACGGGCCAACGACACAGGAUGGACUCCCGCCGUUCACGUGGGAUCAUUUCAGCAGCAUUAGCCACCAGGGUCUGCCACAGUACUACAACUUCACCUUCGUCGGGAUGAAACCUAGCCUCUUCCAGCCUUAAGUCCUAAACAGGCAAGGACACCUGGUGUUCUCAAAAGCCGUUUAAAAUGAAUGUGCCUCCAUACGUACCGCUAGACAACCAAUAUGUUCUUUUAGCGUUCUAUAAUUGCAGUUAUUUUAAUUUCUCCAUUACACUUCAAUUAUUGAAUCAAUGUGUCUGUUUCACACAAUGCGAAUAUGUCUCAGGGUAAAGUGAGUCUGGUGCUUUCAUGCCUUUUGAAUGAUUGUGUCUGUAACUUAAUGAUUUUAUGAGAUGCGAAAACAAUGCAUUAAGACUGUAAGUACAAGUCAGGUAUGUGCUCACAUCAUCAUUGUUGCUGUUCAAGUUGUUGUUUUUCAUUAUGAAUGAAGCCAUCAAGUCCGUGAUCAAAUCUCAGGGCUCUACUGCGCUUACUGCAUCUAUUUCUGAGCAUGUUUCAGGAUUAGAUUAGUUACAAUAACGCUUUCAUCUUUAGUUUUGAUGCAGUGCUGCGCAUUUAUAACAUUCUAUGAAUAAAGUUUUUAUAGUUGUA